CAAUACAAUUUUCGUUAACGGAUUGAAAUGUGAUUUAUCUGAUUAUUUUAAACGGAAUUCCUCUGCUCACGUGUUCUCAAUGGAUGCUUGAAAAUAAACAGUUUAGAGUAAGAUGGAAAGAGGAGCUUCUGGGACGUCAGCCCCCGGCGCCUGCGCAAGGAGUGAACGGAUGAUGGCGGCUGCUCUGUCCAGGGCGUUGAAGCUCCCAGGUAAAAAGUCCCAUGAUCUAGGAGAGUAUGACCCGCUGCGGCAGGCUGACAGUGAUGACAGUGCGGACGAAGGUGACGUCAACUAUCAGAAAAAUGGCAGUCUGCAGACUGAGGCGACCAUUGAGGCUGUGCUCAACAGAGACGCAGACACAGUGGUUGAGAUGCACUCGUUAAAGGUAAAACAAUGCCGGUCAGAUCAGCCCAGCUCAGUGGAGGUACAUGCAACUGAAGUGUCAGAUGAGUUUACUACAAAAACCAGAACUUCAUUUCUUCCUUGCCUGCGGACAUCUGCCUUCCUCCUCACUCUUAUUUUGACCAUGGUCCUAGUCUUAGUUUGUGCUUUCUUUAUCCCAUGUCCGAAGAGGCACGCCUUGAAGACUUCGUGGAACAAGAGCCUUGGACAAGCAGCCGGUUUUCCGCCAGUGAUCACCCUUUGGGAUGUCAACAAUGACCAAGUUUCCGAUGUUAUUAUUUCGUUCAGCUCCACUGGGAAAGUCCGAGACCAAAGAGGCAUCUUCAGGCCACAAGCCAGCUUGAAGCUCCAAGUGUCGGUGGCGGUGUUGUCGGGGGUGGACGGCAGUGUUCUCUGGACGACCCCGGCCUCCGAACGGCUGAAGUUCAUCCACUGUGGCAUUGGCUACACCGAUGGAAAGGGCGCCAUCUGCAUCUUGGUUGGAGUCAAUCAUAUGCUGAAGGCUGUUAACAGCAGCUCAGGAAGUAGCUUCUGGGAAAGGAAAAGCGUGUACCCUUCCCACCGGACUCCAGCUGCCCCGCCUGUGCAGCUCCCGGACAUUGAUGGUGAUGGCUUUGGAGACGUACUGCUUGGGAGCAAGCCGGUUACAUUGACCAAUCGGAUUCAUGAUAUGUCCUUUGUGUUUGUGUCGGGAGCAACUGGGGCCCUGAUUGGUCAGCCGGUAACUUACAAUCUCACUGGUGAGGGCAAGUUGAUUGGCCCAAAGGCCUGUGUGUCUACUGAAGGGGCGCUCUACAUUCUCUUCGGUUACGGGAGCAUCCAAGCUGUGUCUGUGAGGGACAUAUACAAACAAGCGAAUGGCAAGGGCAGCUUGCCCCCGUCUCUGUGGAAAGAGGACUCCGCCGUGGAAUGGAAGCAUGAGGGAAACUUGUCUGGAGUCCUGCAGGUGUACAGUGGCAACAGCUCCGUUCAAGACCUGCAGACGCUGGACGGGCCGGAAAAGAACUUCAGUGCCUUGCUGAUUACCACGAGGAACAGGCUGCAAAUCCUGAGGGGGAGGCACCUUCAGCACCUGUGGCAGACAGUCAGCAGCAGUAUCAAGGAUGCUCCUGUGGCCGGCUUCUUCAAUGAAGACAGGGUUCCCGAUUUCCUGAUCCAGGUCACCAAUGGAAACAAUGUGAAAACGAGUUUAAUUAUCGAUGGGAGCUCGGGCAAGGAGCUGUGGCAGGCAGAGCUGGGGUGCCGGAGCCAGGGCUCAGAGGCAGCCUCCCUCCCUCUGUCCGAUGGGCGGUCAGCGUUCCUGUUCUGGGCCGGAGAAUGUGGAGCGGAGCGUUCGAUCUGGAGGACCGACCCCGACCGCGGCAACCGAUACCGCCUCUUCCUCCUGCACCCGUCGUACCCUGGCGUGCUCUUGGAGCUGGCCACCAGCUCGGGCCCAGUAACUGCAUCAGCCACUGGAAUAUGGAAGGAGAGGAAGGAUGCAUUCCAUGUUGCUGUGACAACUGAUUCCAACCAGGCGACCCACAAGAGUCAGAUGGGACCCCUAUUAGUGACCAACGUGGGCCUGAAGGAGGCGAUUGUGCACAGUAAGAUUCGGACGCUGGAGGAAGGGGUGGCCGUCAGCACCGAGUCCAUCAUGAAGUUCUUCUCGGAGCUCCGGUUCUGCACUGAGGUCCAGCGGUGUACGGUUCUCACCUCAUCCUUUUACCGAGUCUGAACAGAACCACCACUUGAAUCCAUCGCUGUGUACGGAAAGUCCCCUCUCGACCACCGUUUGUCCCGUGUUGUCCCUGUGGGCAGCAUCCAUUCCCGCCCGACCUGUCUGCCAACCUCACAGGAGCAUCUCAUCCAAGUUGAAGGUAGCUUCCCGCUGCUGCGCGAGGUCGCACUGGGAACCCGGGACCCCAGGUCUCUCUGCUGACAGUGGCCUGGUGUGUGAAAGGGGAUACAUACCCUCCGCUCUUCAUCUGACUGACUGCCACACCACCCCUUGCCUGCUUCACGUCAGCUUUGUCUAAGAGGGCACCGUUGCCGCAAAGGACCAGCUUGGGACGAAUGUGUUAGUCUAGUUUUCACCCAGUACUGCUGCAGAGAGCUGCCUUUACAACAACAUAACUGUUACAGUGAUCCAUAAUGCCUUGUUAGGGCUCCUAUGUAGGAGGGAGUUUGUUAUUGCUGUUACAGCAAGAUGGCCAGGUCCCAGUGAUGAGCAGAACUCGUGUAUCAGUGUCCCAAUGAAGCUGCUGGGCUCAGGGUAAUUACUCGUAACCUUGAAGAUUUCCUGUCCUCUGGAAUGACUCCCCUUUCUACCAUUACCUUAACAAACCAGUCCCAGUCCAAACACUUUCCCCACACCGCUGCCUUCAGUUCAGCACUUCCAAACGUCACCAACGUUCGAGCUCUCACUGAAUUGCUGGAGCAGGAUCGGUCGGGUAUGAAUGGACUGGACUGGGGGAGGGGGUGGCAUGUGAGGAUGGGAUUCAGGAUGGGCCUCAACUGAAGUUACUGGUGCACGAGGG